AUGUCUCACUCAAUCCACCCUCCAGAAAAGGUCUCCGUUGGUCAGCUCCAGGCUUCUCAAACCUCACAGUCUACACAGUCUAGCGCGAUGGAACGUCAACAUGAUGAAAAGAUCACCGACCGAGAAUCAGCCAGGGUUGACAUUCCGGAAUUUCCAUCUAUCGAUGAAAAGACCGUUCUUCGAAAGAUGGACAUUCGCUUAAUCCCCAUGCUGAGUAUUCUGUAUUUGCUUGCAUUUCUGGACCGCGGGAACAUUGGAAACGCCAAGAUCGAGGGGCUCUUGGACGAUUUACACAUGUCUGGGCCUCAGUAUAACUGGACCUUGACGGUUUUCUUCUUUACCUAUUGCGUCUUCGAGCUGCCCAGCAAUCUGCUUCUCAAGAAGCUAAGACCAUCGCGUUGGCUGCCACUGAUUAUGAUUGCUUGGGGCAUUGUCAUGACCCUGAUGGGGGUGGUCCAUAAUUACACAGGGCUGCUGGCGACUCGCCUCUUCCUGGGGAUAGCUGAGGCUGGGUUGUACCCUGGUGUUGCCUACUACAUCACCCUGUGGUAUCCACGACACCGGGCACAGUAUAGACAAGCAUUAUUCUUCAGCGCGGCAAGUAUUGCGGGGGCUUUCUCUGGUAUUUUGGCAUAUGGGAUCGCGAAGAUGGACGGAGUGGGCGGCUACGCCGGCUGGCGUUGGAUAUUCAUCUUAGAAGGACUGUUGACUGUCGUUGUUGCCCUUGUUGCGCCCUUUGCCAUUCACGACUGCCCUGAAACCGCCACUUUUUUAACUGAUGCCGAGCGCCAGUUUGUGAUCCACAGUCUAAGAACCCAACAUUCAUCCGAUUCACGGGAAAUGGUUCAAGACCAGACCAAAUUUCACUUUCGUUAUGUGAUUGAAGCAUUUACAGACUGGCAGAUAUACGCAGGGCUAUUUAUGUACUGGGGCAUCACUUGUCCUCUUUAUGGGAUCUCUCUUUUCCUUCCGUCCAUUAUCAAGGACUUGGGGUAUACAUCCUCCACGGCUCAGCUGCUGACUGUACCGAUUUACAUCGUGGCAGCGAUUGUCGCCGUGUUCGCGGCCUGGGUAUCCGAUCGCCGCAAGCAACGGUCUCCCUUCAUUUUGUUCUUUAUGGCCAUGAUAGCCAUUGGGUUUAUCAUCUGCCUGGCAUCAAGUGGUCGCGGAGUGCCUGGUGUCGUAUACUUUGGAGUCUUUGUGGCCGUCGUCGGAAUAUACCCUGCCUUUCCAGGGAAUGUGACAUGGGUCAGUGUCAAUCUAGCGGGUGACUAUAAACGAGCUGCUGGAAUGGCCAUUUACAUCGGGCUAGGAAACUUGGCGGGAGCAAUGGCAUCGAACUUUUAUCGCGCUCAGGAUGCACCACAAUACAUCCUUGGUCAUGCUCUCGAGCUGGCAUUUGUUGUCGUCGGCAUGAUUGCCACGGUUAUUAUGCGGUUCACCUACCAAUGUAUUAAUCGAAAGCGAGACAGUCUUGACUUGUCACAGUACUCCUCUGACCCAGACUCACUCGGCGAUCGCUCCCCUUUCUUUCGAUACAUGUUAUGA